GUACGCGUGCAAGAGCUUAUUGAUGAUCAGAUUCUGAUAGUCUGCAACCUCUUUCCUCCUACAGUCAGGUUGGCCUAUAGACGCUUCUUUGAGACAGAAAUUGCCGCGAGACUCAGUCAGCCUGUAGCUCCAAAACGAGGCGAGGCGACUCGGACAAACGAACGCUUCUCGCAGCAUGAUGAAGAGUUCGCAGCACAUCUAUAUCAGGCAAGCGGCCUAGCCGACAUGCCAGAGCUUGUUCAACUCUCCAAAGGUCGUCUUAUGGGCCUCAACCCUAACAUUCGUAUAUAUCGCUACAAGCCUGGAGCAUUCUUUGGACCGCACUAUGAUGAUUCUGUGCGCGAGACAAUUGCAGGACGCAAGUGCGAAUCCGCUUGGACACUUCUCAUCUACCUAUCCGACAACCUUGUAGGUGGCGAGACACAAUUUCAUCUUGGGAAGGGAGAAGUACUGGCACCACCGGUUCAAGAUGGCAUGGCCCUUCUUCAUCGGCAUGGCCACAAUUGCCUCUUGCAUGAAGGUCUUCCUGUUAAAAGCGGGGUCAAAUGGGUACUGCGAAGCGACUUGAUG